AUGCUAACUGCAGAAAGACGCCAUUCAAACCCAGAACCAUCCUCUACCAACUACUUCACCACACAACCUCCAGGACACCGGCCCGUGGCGUUAGUGUAAUACACAUUGGGGACCAGCAGGUGUCACUGCAGCCGCCCUCCUUCCUGAUUCCCUCACUUCCGCCCGGGACGCUCUGACUGACAACACGGACUAUGGCGUCCAGCGCGGAUCGAAAUCCUCCUCCUUUCCCCGCAUCGGAGGAGCCAGAGCCCGAACUAUCCGACAUGGCAGACGGAGACAGCGACGAGGGAGACGACAUUUUUGUCAGCAACAGCCGCCCGGCGUUUGUCAGUCGAGGAGUUUCUCAGCCAGAGGAGCCCGCAGAUCUGUUCAAUGAGGAGGCCACCACUGCCAAACCCAACGGAGUUCUCUCCGAUGACGACGACCUGUUUGCAGAAGCACAAGGAGAUUUAAGCUCAGAUCCGUCCGCCGACUCUACUCGUAAGGAUCUGUCCUCCUCUGGCCCGCCGUCGGCUCGGAGUCCUGCAGCUCUGCAGCCCACCUCUCUGGAGCAGCUUGAAGAAGAUGAGGCCAAGGAUAGCUUCGAUGUGGAUGUUGCCGUCACCAACCCAGAGAAAGUUGGAGAUGGAAUGAAUGCAUAUGUGGCCUACAAAGUAUCCACCAGGACUUCUUUGCCCAUGUUCAAAAGUAAAGCCUUCACUGCCAGGAGACGUUUCAGCGACUUCUUAGGCCUCUAUGAAAAACUCUCAGCCAAACAGUCGCUCCACGGUUGCAUCAUACCACCUCCACCUGAGAAAAGUGUUGUAGGAAUGACAAAAGUGAAGGUGGGCAUGGAUGACCCAUCGUCUGUGGAGUUUGUGGAAAAGAGAAGAGCUGCUCUGGAAAGGUACCUUCAGAGAAUAGUGUCUCACCCGCUGCUACUACAAGAUCCUGACGUCCGUGAAUUCUUAGAAAGAGACGAUCUGCCCAGAGCGGUAAACACCCAGGCGCUCAGUGGAGCCGGUUUCCUGAAAAUGAUCACCAAGGCGUCUGACGCUGUCAGCAAGAUGACCAUCAAGAUGAACGAGUCCGACACCUGGUUUGAGGACAAGUUCCAGGAGGUGGACAUGGAGGAGCAGCAGCUGAGGAAGCUUCACGCUGUCGUUGAUUCUCUGGUGAAUCACAGAAAAGAGCUGUGCAUAAACACAGCCGUGUUUGCCAAAAGCAUGGCCAUGCUAGGAAACUCCGAGGACAACACGGCCCUGUCGCGGGCCCUCUCCCAGCUGGCCGAGGUGGAGGACAAGAUGGAGCAGCUGCACCAGGAGCAGGCGGGAAGCGACUUCUUCGUCUUUGCCGAGCUGCUCGCCGACUACAUACGCUUGCUUGGCGCCAUGCGGGGUUGCUUCGACCAGCGUGUGCGGGCGUGGCAGCGAUGGCAGGAGGCUCAGAGCACGCUGCAGAAGAAGAGAGAAGCCGAAGCCAAGCUGCUGUGGGCUAACAAACCCGACAAGCUGCAGCAGGCGAAGGAAGAGAUCGCCGAGUGGGAGGCGAAGGUUACUCAGUACGAGAGGGACUUCGACAGGAUUGGGAUGACCGUGCGGAAGGAGGUUCUCAGAUUCGAGAAAGAAAAGGCAAAGGACUUCAAGAGUCAGAUAAUCAAGUAUUUAGAGGCGAUGCUGCAGUCUCAACAACGGCUCAUAAAGUUCUGGGAGGCGUUCCUGCCUGAAGCGAAGGCGAUAGCUUAAUGAAGUGGAUUUUCCUUCUUUUUCUUUUUUUUUUCUUUCUUUUUACUAAAAAGAAAACCCCAACUGCCUUUGAACACUUUUACCUCUUUACCAGAAGUUGAGAGAGAGAGGAAAGUUUUUGAAACACAGAAGGAACUUCCGUCCGUUUUUUGUUUUGUUUUUUCUGUCUUUUUAAUUCAAAUGAAUUCUUCUGUACAGACGUUUGAUAUAAUAAGCUGCCACACGUACCUACUAUGUCUUUGACAACAUUUUGUGUUUGGGGGGGUUCGUUGAAGGGGUGUGAAGGUAAAAGCAAGCCUGAUCACAGCCUGAAAUGAAGUGUUUUAUCAGGCAUCUAUGGUUUCGAUUAUAUGCUCCUUUCCUGUUUAAUAGAUGCAUGUUGCAAAGUUCGAUGCACUAAAAAUGGAUCGCACAAACAGAAAGCUUUUCUUUUUUUUAUAUACUGAAACACCAGUGUUGAUGACUAUUAAAUGUAUUAACGCAUUCUUGAGGUUUAUUAUAACACAAUGUAUUUUGGAUAUUAGAAACAGUGUUACAGUGCAGAACUAACGCCACAAGCUUAUCAAAGUUUUAACCAAUUAAUUAGUCGUAAGGCAAGCUCAACAGGAGAAUACAAUCUGUAUCACUACUAUAUUUAUUGUAUUAAUGACGUUGUUCGUUCAUAUAUUCAAUAUCGCUGCAUUUAUUUUGUCGCCAGCCCAAGUGAGGUAACAUGGACCUGUUAUUGAUAUUGAAUCACACAGACACUGUUUGAUCGUUUUCCUGCUUAGUAGGCGAGCGACUGGUUAAACGGUGACAGGAAAACUGACAAUAAGUGAUGCAGCCCCUUAUUUACUGUUUUCUGAUUGUCCUUUACAUAAGAAUGUGCUUUAUUUUUAUAACCACUUUGCAUUAGUACAUGCAUUUUCUUUGAAAUGGUGUUGAGGUAAAUGUACAAAAUAAAUGUUUGACUAAGC